UUGGAAUUUUAUAGUGCUUCGCUUGACGGUGGACGAAUUUGGUCAAGGGAGUACCACUGCUUGGUUGGUGAUUUGCCUCAUGUUGGCGGUGCCGCAGCGGUUGCUCUGAAUCCAGUUGACGGCACUAUGGCUGUCUCUGUUGGUAAAACCGAUGGUAAAAUAAAAAUUUGGCGAAGCAAGAAGUUUUUGCAUCGUUAUACAGUCCCCAACGAUUUUAUGUAAAA